AUGAUCGGUGUGAAUCGGCUGUGGACACAUCCUACUGCCAGAAAAAGGGGCAUUGCGAGUGAGAUUCUUGACGUCAUUAGGAACUGUGAAAGAACAUUGUUUCAGGGUUCUUCUCACCAUAUUGCUGGUGUUGUCGUGACAGAGCCUCUUUCAUCUGCGCAGUGUUUGACAACUGGAGAGACUAUCUGCGCUGACGAUCCCAUGAUCGGUGUGAAUCGGCUGUGGACACAUCCUACUGCCAGAAAAAGGGGCAUUGCGAGUGAGAUUCUUGACGUCAUUAGGAACUGGUACUUCACAGGAGUGAUCGUACCACGGAACAGGAUCGCAUUCAGUGAUCCAACUGAUGUCGGGAAAAAGUUCGCAGAGCACUAUAUAAGGGCAGGAAAACAAAUGAACUGUUCAAUUCUCGUCUACCGAGUCAUGAAGUGA